AUGCGAUGCGUACGCACAAGGCGGUGCCCCUGGGUAUCCUUGCACGCCGUCCCCAUCGCUGUACCAGCAUCCCCCUGCAGCUAUUCCCACGCCUACAAUUCCCCUCGCCCGUCCCAUGGCUUAGCCUCGCGCCCAUCAUGCCCCGACGAGCUUCCUGCGUACGGCAAUGGAAUCACGGUCGCCACACAUACGACCAAUGAGCCUCUCGUAGGCUGGUCACCUCCCUCGUCCAUCCCCAACACGCUGCUCCCGGUACAUUCCCCGAAUCACUACCUCACCUCGGCGUCGUCGGCUGCGACAUCGAGCCAGCUACAAACCCCCAACAACGUCGCACAAAUCAUGCCAAAGCCCAGGAGCGUAAUCCAGCUCGGCAGCAUGCAACUUGCCAAUCACUGUGCGCUUCGCGAGCUGGGUGGGCAGGAUUGCUUCGUCGGCAAGGCCUUGUCCCCCGCUAUCCUUUGCUGCAGCAUCAGCACGAACGAACAUAUGCAGAUCCACAACGUUACCCGCCGCGCGAGCGUCCUUUGCUUGUGCGAGGGCUGA